UGGACGACUGCGGCUGCGCGUGCACGGCCGCGUGCCCGCACGUGAAGGCGAGGUUUCGUGGUCAUCGUUUGCUGCAUGUAUGUUGGUGGUGGAUGAAGAUGAGGAGGAUGAAGGUGAAGCAGUGAAGACGUUCCAUCAUCAUCAUCCUCAGAGCUGACGCGGUGGCUACAUGCUAGCUGGUCUUGGACUACACACAGAAGCAACAUGGACUUUGUCAUGAAGCAAGCCUUGGGUGGGGCCACCAAAGACAUGGGCAAGAUGCUAGGUGGUGAGGAGGAGAAGGACCCGGAUGCGGCCAAGAAGGAGGAGGAACGUCAAGAGGCACUGAGGCAGCAGGAGGAGGAGAGGAAGGCCAAACACGCCCGCAUGGAAGCUGAGAGGGAAAAGGUCCGACAGUCCAUCCGGGACAAGUACGGCCUGAAGAAGAAAGAGGAGAAGGAGGCGGAGGAGAAGGCCGCCAUGGAGCAAGCGUGCGAAGGCUCGCUGACCCGGCCCAAGAAGGCCAUCCCGAGGGGCUGCGGCGACGAUGACGAGGAAGACGAGGAGAGCAUCCUGGACACCGUGCUCAAGUUCCUGCCCGGACCUCUGCAGGACAUGUUCAAGAAGUAGACCAGGAAAAGGGGGGGUGGGGGCAUCUUCACUUAAGUGAACUUAUGGAAGAAGA